UUAUGUUUUACAAGACACCAAUGCAAUCAAUACCCUUGUCUCUCUUCUCUCUCCUCUCUCCUCCUUGUCUCUUUGACUCUGACGACCUAAAUAAGAGCAGCAGCAGCAGCAGACUCUAGGGUUUGUUAUACAGUGAAUCUUCCUCGCCGAAUAAUCCCCCAACCUUCUGACGAACGAAAGCAACAACCUUUUUUAAGCAAAUGGCAACUGAGAAUCCUAUUAGGAGGAUGUCUGGGAACAACGAGAGAUGGUCUAACUCUAGACCUGUUUCUGUCCCUAACCGAAGUGAAAGUGCGCCUCCGAGCAUGGAAGGAUCGUUUCUAGCUGUUGAUAGUCUCUUGUCACGACAGGGGACACACGACAGGGCAGCUCAGGAGCCUCAACACAACCUGACCCGCACACCUUCUCCACCUGUUUAUUACCCUACUACCACCGAGUAUCAGUUCGUAGACAAUCGUGUAGGUAGAAGUAACCGGGGAUUGAAUAUAGUUAGUUCUCCUCCCAUUCAUUUGUCCCAAGCUACACUCUCUACUCACAAGGAAGUGUCUGAGGAUGAAGUAGUCUCUCAACAGCAAUCUGUUAAUAGUGUUUCUCAUAGCACAAACGUGGUCGACAUUAGUCAAACCCCUCAACAUAGUCGUCCUAACUCUUCAGAUGCUGAAGUCGUAGUUAGAGAUAACGCUGCUUCAACUGGCACAGAGAAUAGUAGUCCAGAUGAGUCCUCCACCAUCAUCUCUAAGAUGAAGAAAACUAGCAUAUCUGGGUCCGGGACAGCUAAACACACUCGAGAGCCAAGGCAGAUGUAUCCACAACAAACUAAUGUAACAUGGAUUCAAAGUGGCGGCAGCGGCAACGGCAUGAGUUAUCACAGUAGUGUUAACGGGACAGGACAGUUUCAUUAUGGUCAGCAUGUGCUUCAGUCUUCAGGCUUUACUCCUCCACCUUAUGCUGCUACUCAAACGGGUUACGUGACUUCACCACCAGCUCAAGUCUAUAACAUGCAGUCUCCUCCUGGUGUCUACUCUCCACAGUAUGGUUAUGGUGGACCGUACACUAACAUGACCCCACACCCACAGUUUAUGCCUGGAUUCCCUUCACAUGGUCCCGCCCCGCUUAUUGCCCGUCCAGAGUUUAGUCCUCAGUAUGCUGAAAGUUUCUAUGCUCCUCCACAAGGUCAGCCUUCUUUUCCAGAUCCUAUGUAUAUGCAGUACAGUCAACAGGCACUGGGGCAUAUGAAUGCUCCUAGGGGGAACCAUAAGAAUGCUCCUGAGGCUCAAGAAGGUGAGCAGAAGUUCGUCAGGCAGAUAAGAGGACUAAAUACCUAUAGUGUGGGUAGAAUGGGAAUGGUGGGUCUUAAUUACUAUGGAGGCCAGCCAAGUAUGGGCAUGAUGGUGCAAUAUCUGCCUAGUGCUCCUCCUGGCACUGUUCCCUAUGUAGAGGCAUACCCUGGGUGGCAGCAGCCACAUGGAAGCUUGGAAGGUACCAAUGGUCCGAGAUUGUGCAAUUUUCUUGAAGAGCUCAAGUCUGGAAAAGGCAGGAGGUUUGGUUUAUCAGACAUCACAGGACACAUUGUUGAGUUCAGUGCGGAUCAGCACGGGAGCCGAUUCAUUCAGCAAAAGCUUGAGAACUGUAAUCCAGAAGAGAAAGAAUCUGUAUUUAGGGAACUACUUCCUCAUGCUUGCAAGCUAAUGACAGAUGUGUUUGGCAAUUACGUCAUUCAAAAGUUUUUCGAAUACGGAACCCAAUCACAGAGAAAAGAACUCGCGGAUCAGCUCGUGGGACAGAUAGUACCUCUCAGUAUGCAGAUGUACGGUUGUCGCGUGAUACAAAAGGCACUUGAUGUCAUAGAGCCUGACCAGAGAGUUCGUCUAGCACGUGAGCUCGACGGGGAAGUCAUGAGGUGUGUUCGAGACCAAAAUGGAAACCAUGUGAUCCAGAAAUGCAUCGAGAGUAUUCACGCAGACAGAGUUGGUUUCAUGUUGUCUGCAUUCCGUGGUCAAGUCUCCUCUCUCUCUAUGCAUCCUUAUGGCUGCCGUGUCAUACAGAGGCUUAUGGAGCGUUGCUCAAAUGAGCAUCAGUGUCAGUUCAUCACCGAGGAGAUACUGGAGUCAGCACGUGUCCUUUCCAAGGAUCAAUAUGGCAAUUACGUCAUACAGCAUGUCUUGGAGAAAGGGACAUCUGAAGAGCGAGAGAGGAUCGUGAGGAAACUAUCAGGGCACAUAGUCCAGCUUAGCCUGCAUAAGUUUGCAUCGAAUGUUAUAGAGAAGUGUCUUGAGCAUGGUGGCAGGAUCGAGCGGGACCUCAUCAUCAAAGAGAUUGCAGGGCCUGAUGAGAGCUAUGAUAGUCUAUUGAUGAUGAUGAAGGACCAGUAUGGAAACUAUGUGGUGCAGAAGAUAUUCGAGACGUGUAGUGUUGAUCAGCGUGUGGUGUUGGUCAGCAGAGUCAGAAUGCAUGCUUCUGCUUUGAAGAAAUACACUUAUGGGAAACAUAUUGUCACUCGUUUGGAACAGCCCUUUGGUGAAGAAAGCCGAGAAUCAAGGCGAUGAGUGGCUCUUCUGAUUCAAGAUAGUGACUGAUUCAGAUAUAGUCGAUACAGGUCGCAAUGAUUGUGAAGAAUGUUGUUUGUACUUUAGAAUUUGAUCAUAGCCGUUGUGAUGAUUGUGUGGCCAUGUUGGUAGUAAAUAUUGGAUAAUUGUAUCAGUAGUGUACACUAGUAUGUGUAACUUGGUUUGUGGAUUCAUCAAAAAACAAUUCAAAACUUCUGCCAACAGUUUUAUUCA